AUGUAUCUGCAAGGCAUUAACCUCGAAAUGGCUGAUUACGACGGUCGAACGGCUCUACACGUGGCUGCAGCUGAAGGACAUAUGCACCUUGUAAAAUUCUUCGUAAACGUCGCUAAAGUGAAUCAUCAACCCCGAGACAGAAACUCAGUAGGGUUUAGCUCAUACUGGACGAUGGUAGGGAAUUCUCAAGGUCUCGCUGUGAAAUUGUGGUGGGACCUCGAGAACCCUGAACCGUUUUCCUAG